UGCAGCAGCAGCAGAGCUGGAGGCUCGGGGGAUACAGGAAGGGCCCCCCCAGCGCAGGUGUGGUGGGUGGGGGGGCUGCCUCCCCCGGGCACAUCCGGCUGGCAGCCCACUGUGGCGAGGUGUGUGACGCCAGAAGCGGAGGCCAGGCUCAUAUUUGGGCACGGAGCAGGUGAUUGGAGGCCGCGGCCCCAGAGGCGGCCGAUGAGGCACCUGCUAAAGGCUGCCCGGCUGCUGCUGCCUGCAUUGGCUCGGGCGCUGGCGAGACGUGGCCUGGCUGCGCUGGCUCGGGGCCGCUGCCAUGGGGCCGCUGCUGGCGCUGGCGCUGCUCGUGUGCGUGCAGCUGUGUGCGGGCUCCGGGGAGCUGCGUCUGGUGGGCGGCGGCGGGCGCUGUGCCGGGCGCGUGGAGCUGGAGCACGGCGGGGAGUGGGGCUCCAUCUGUGUCUUCGACUCCGACCGGGAAGCCCGAUGGGCCAGCGUGGUGUGCCGGCAGCUGGGCUGUGGCCAGGUGGCCAGGGCGUCCCCGUACGCCCCGUUCGGUCAGGGCACCGGGCGGAUCUGGCUGCAGCCCGUGUUCUGCAACGGCACCGAGAAUGCGCUGGAGGAGUGUCCGCACUUCGGAUGGGGACGGCACUUCUGCGGCCACGAGUGGGAUGCGGGGGUGACCUGCACAGAUGCCGUGGAGCUGAGGCUGGCGGGCAGCGGCAGUCCGUGUGCCGGGAGGGUGGAGGUGAAGCUGCAGGGACGCUGGGGCUCGGUGGGAGACGACAGCUGGGACAUGGAGGAUGCCGAGGUGGUUUGCCAGCAGCUGGGCUGUGGCUCGGCUGCCGGUGCCUACUUGGCCCGCGAGAGCUUCGGUAAACGGGACGGGCCCGUCAGUCUGGCCCUGGUGGACUGCAAAGGAUCCGAGGCCAGUCUCUGGGACUGCGAGAUCUGUGGCUGGAGCCCCUAAAACGUCAACAUCCACCAUUGGGACGGCGCCGUUGUGUCCCAAUUUACCUGCGCUUCUCCUGCAGGAUUUUCUCGGCUGGUCGGAGGUGCCGGAGCCUGUGCCGGGCAGCUGGAGGUGCGGCAGGGCCGGGCCUGGCUUGGUGUGUGUGAGGAUCAGGUGGACAUGAAGGCGGCCCAGGUGGUGUGCAGGGAGCUGGGCUGCGGUGAGGCGCUCGCCGUGGGCGGCAGUGGCCGGGUUGGGGCGGCACCGGGAUCGCUCUGGGACGGGGGCUUCCAGUGCAAUGGCACCGAGCCCCUCCUGAGCGCCUGUGCCCGGCGUCCGGCCCCCAGGCAGGGCUGCAGCGGCCGUGCCAGCAUCAUCUGCUCCCCCUACACGGGCUUCCGCCUGGGGAACAGCAGCUCGGGAUGCUCCGGGCGAGUGGAGGUGGCCGUGAGGGGGACGUGGGGCUCCGUGUGCGCCAGCGAGUGGGAGCUGCCCGAUGCGCACGUCCUGUGCCGCCACCUGGGCUGCGGCCGCGCCCUCGCCGUGCCCCCGGGAGGCUCCUUCGGCGCGGGGAGGGGGCCGCUGCGGCCGGACACCUUCGGCUGCAGCGGGAGCGAGCGGCACCCGGGCCAGUGCCCCGUGUCUGUGCUGGGGAAGCCGCCCUGUGCCCCCGGGAACGCCGCUGCUGUCAACUGCUCAGGCGUUGUCAAGUCCGUGCGGCUGGUGGAGGGUGAGACCCGGUGCGAUGGGUGGCUGGAAUUGGCCGUAGACAACGGGACGUGGCGCCGUGUGCCAGCAGACAUUUUGUUCAUACGGAAUUUCAGUAAGGACCUCGUUUCCCCUGCUUAUUUGGACUGGAUGAAAACUGCGCCAGCAGGAAUCCAUCACGGGGCGGAAAUCAUCUGCUCAGGCAGCCGGCAGGUGAGGCUGGUGGGGAGCUCAGGGCGCUGUGCCGGGCGCGUGGAGGUCUAUUCCGGUGGCAGCUGGAGCAGCGUGUGCCAGGAAGGCUGGGAGCUGCAGGACGCUGCCGUUGUGUGCCGGGAGCUGGGCUGUGGCACGGCCCUGGAGGCGCCGAGCUGGGCGCGCUUCGGUGCCGGCACGGGGCCGCUGUGGCCGUACAUGGCCGAGUGCUCCGGGAGCGAGGAGUCUCUCUGGGAAUGCGGGCGCUCGGAACAGCGCGAGUGCGGGCGCGGCCUUGGGGCAGGGGCCGUGUGCUCAGAGCAGAUCUCGGUGCGGCUGGCAGGCGGCCGUGGGCGCUGCCGUGGCUACCUGGAGGUGUCCUAUAACGGCACCUGGGCCCGCGUGUGCUCCAACGGCACCAGCACCGGCACCGCCGCCGCCGUGUGCCGCCAGCUGGGCUGUGGGCACCGGGGCUGGCUGUCGGCCGUCCCCGGCCAGCAGGCGUCCCGUGCCUGGCUGGCCUGGGUGGGCUGCGAGGACGGGGCCCGCUCACUCUGGGGGUGCCCCUCGGCACCCUGGCAGCUGCAGAGCUGCGGCGCUGGCGGGCACGCCCACGUGGAUUGUGAGGAGGACAGCGAUGGCAGCACCGAGACAGACACUACCCCAUAUCCGGAGGGUGCCAGCAGCACAGGUGUCCCCAGCAGCAGCACCCUGGCAGUGGGCGUGGGGACGGUGCCUGUGCCAACUGUGCUGUGCGUGGUGCUGGGGACGCUGCUGUGCCUGGCCCUGGGUGCCCUGGCCGUGCUGCUGUGCCGUGCCCGUGCCUGGCACCGAGGCCUUGGCAGAGCUGCAGAUGCCAUCUCCAAUGCUGUCUACGAGGAGCUGGACUACACGGCCAUGCCGGAGUACCAGGAGGUGCCCAGUGGCCCAGGUUCCCUGUCACAGGGAUGGGUCAAGCAGCUGCCGUAUUCCAGCGGGGACAGCGAUGGAGGGCAGUGACACCGAGGCAGCCCCAGAGCCCCCUGCCUGGCCCCAGCAAGGAAUCCCAGAUGGCUACGACGAUGUCCUGGAUGUGCCACAGGAUCCCCCUGCUCCAGGCA